CUCCUCGACGCCGUUAUAUCGGAAACUCUCCGCAAAUAUCCCACGGAUUCAAGACUGGAAAGACAGGCCUCGGAUGACGUCGUGCUGAGCGCUGGUAGCGAUCGAUCCAACAUUAAAAUAGCAAAAGGAGUGGUUAUAAAGAUCCCGAUAUAUGCCAUACACUAUAACCCGGACUACUUUCCCGACCCGUUUGCCUUCAAACCCGACCGCUUUUUACCCCAAAAUCGCCAUAACAUCAAACCCUAUACAUACCUACCGUUUGGUUCCGGACCGCGUAAGUGCAUUGGUAUGCGCUUUGCAUUGCUUGAGGCAAAACUAGCCAUGGUCAAAAUGUUGCAACGAUUCCGUUUCUAUCGGGUGCCCGACACGGAUGUGCCCCUCGUUUUCCUGAGGGGUUUCGACCGGUUAUACGCGAAGAGACUUGUGGUGGGCGUCACUAAACGCUAA